AGCCUCGGAAUUUUGGAUUAGACCCAGAUGCGAGAGUUCUCUGGAAACCCUAAUCCAAGGCCUAAUUUGCCUUGAGAGUGCAAAUCCUGUGGCCGUUGUUUUGAUGGAACCGCCAUUUUCAAGCUUAGUCUUUGUGGUUUUGGGGUUUGCUAUUAGCCUUUGUGCUCUUCUUGUCGAGACUCAAUCUCAAAAUGUUGGGGAUGCCCUCUCGCAACCUCCCUCGCCACCAUCUCCACCACCUCCAUUACCACCUCCCCCGGCAUCCCUGUCACCGCCACCUCCCAAAUCUCUGUCCCCGCCACCUCCCGAAUCUCUGUCCCCGCCACCUCCAGAAUCUCUGACCUCGCCUCCACCAGAAUCUACAAACACAACGCCUCCCCCAGAAUCUCUGAACUCGCCAUCCCGGCCAAAAUCUCCGAGCCCGCCCCCACCUCAUAAGAGGCAGAAGCCUAUAAAUGCUGGACUUGGACAUCCUCCGCCAGCCCAUCGAGGGCACAAUUACAAUAAGGGGAAGAAGAUUGGACAGUUGUUUGUCGGUAUAGCUGCCAUUCUUCAGAUUGGUGUUAUUGGGUUCUUGGUUUUCAAGAGAAGGCAGCUUCUAAAAGUCUAGGAUAGAUAUGAGACUUGUUCUUGAAUAUUUUGGCAACAGAUUUCGCACAAAUUCUUUUGUUUCACUGAGCGCAUUGUAGUUGGAGCUACUAUUGGAUUGGAAAUUCUUCGAUUGAGCACAUAAGAGUGGGGCUUUAUUGAAUUGCGAUUCUUUGGUGAAUGGGCAGCAGUAUAUGAAUCAAAGACAAAUCUAUAUGAACUGCAAAUGGAUUGGAGGAUAGGUGGCUGCUCCGAUUGGCCUCCUUGUGUUUGCUCUGGGCAUGGAUUUGGUGAAUCAAUUAUCAAUUUGCAGCCGGUUUUGUGUUCUGUAUGACAUAUGGAGUCGAGUGAUGCAGAUUUUUGCCAGAAAUCAGAAGUUUAAAUCUACUUUCACUGGUGAUGAGGGCUGUUCUUCGUACCAUUUGCGUUAUGCUCAGAUUGUGGAAGAAAUACUGGCUCCUCGUUUUAUAAGGGAUGUAUUGGUCAUCGAAUUUAUCUUUUUUCUGUUAUGUUUAUAUUCUCAGUUGUAGAUGACCGGAUAAGAAAAGGGAAGACAACGGUGAUCUAUACUGAGUGAUACUAGUCGUUGCUUUGCUUUCAUGGAGCAAGAUGAAGGGCUCAUCUGGACGUGUAAACGGAGGACCAUGGUGAUGAGAAAAAUGGCAGCUAGCUACUCAGUUUCCUUGCAGUAGAUGUGAAGUUGUGAACUGAGCACUAGUCUGAGGAAGUUGACUCCUCAAGGAGUUAGGUUGCACAAAGAGCAUAAUGUGGGCUGUUUGCACAUAAUAUAGUUUGUUCCUUGUAACUUGGAAUUGACUCGACAAAUUUUGCCUAUUUUCUCUAACAAAAAUGGAAAAAGAUAGUCUGGCCAUUUGCGUGUGUUGAAACUUCUAGGGGUAUGGGGACAGACAUGUCAUGUCCAUUUCCUUCUGUGGUUUUCAUUUUUCUCCGUGGAAUGAUCUUCGUUUCGUUC